AUGAAUAACAGUAAGCCAAAUGAAUUACUGGUCAAUAAUUUCAAGAUUCCAAACUGGUCAGGCAGACCUCCGCCUGGUUUGCAUUUGGAUGUUUUAAAAGAAGGGAAGCUGAUCCAGAAACUUAUUAUAGACGAAAAAAGCUGUUAUUUUUUCGGCAGAAACAGACAAUUGUGUGAUUUCGCAGUUGAUCACCAAUCCUGUUCGCGGGUACAUGCGGUCUUGGUAUGGCAUAAAUUUCUAAAUCGGGCAUUCCUAAUUGACCUCGGGAGUGUUCAUGGAACAUAUAUCGGAAAAAUCAAGUUAGAGCCACAAAAGCCACAACAGGUUCCAAUAGACUCUGAACUACAUUUCGGUGCAUCUACCCGCAUGUAUAUCAUUCGUGAGCGUCCUAAUCCCUUGUACAGCAUUCCCGGAAAUCUUUCGGACCCGAAUUCACAGUCAUUAGAUGGAAAUGGUGCCAUUGGUCCUGAAAAUCGCAGUGGUAUUGGACAUACUUCAGCUACAAAUUCUUUGGAGUUACGUUAUUCUCAGCUUCCUCAGUCUGAAGUGGAGUUAGACAAUUUGACUGAAUUUAAUACGGCUCACAAUAGACGUAUCAGUAGUAUGGUUGAUGUAGCAUCCAAUCCUACAGUUCUUGCUCAUAAAAAACGCAGGCGGCCGCCUCAGAGUGUACAUUUCAGCGAUGCAGACGAGGUUAUUAAUCCUGAAGAUGUUGAUCCUUCUAUUGGAAGAUUUCGAAAUCUUAUCCAGGAGACCUUUAUACCGAAUAAGUCUGUUAAAGGUAGUCACGAAGGAGCCAGUCUAGGCGUUGCUGCCCCAGAAGUAUCUGACACCGUUCGACCCUCUGUUAAAAGUAAUACAGAGGUUAGUAAUUCACUUCAAACAUCAGGAAAUAGUUUGAUGCACGUCAGCAACUUGUUUGGACCAAGCUACAGUUUGGCCUCUAAACUUGGUUUACCAGUACCGAAUCUUGCACCUGAUGUCGAAAAUGAACCUCAAGAACCCACUUUACCUCCGACUGUGGCUAUGCUUCAUGCUUACGCUCAUUCAAGGCCCGGAAGUUUUUCAGCACAACUGUCAGAAGGGAAACACGGUGUGUCUAGAUUAAGUGCCAGUGAUAUAUUGGGAACCUCAGACGAACCAGAUAG